AUGAGUACUGCUGGUACCGGUACUAUGGAAUGGCUGUGGGAAGCGCAAGAGUCUGUGGAAGCCAUGAUGCCUGUGGCCGUUAAGGAGCAACUUCCCAUAUGGUGGCCUCUUCCAGUGUUGGUCUAUCUUUUUGCAGAAGUUUGCUUUUACAUCUACUUCAAGACAGUCAUGGUUCCCUUUGCCAAUACGAUCAUUGCACCUUCAGAGUACCGAGACUACGGUCGGGACCGACACAAGCUCAUUCUUCGGAUUCUGGAACGAGUCACUCGGACUGCCAAAGUCAAUGGAAGAGAUGAUUUGGAAGACACAGCACGCUAUCUAGUACAGUGGUUUAACUAUGCUCCCAAUCACUUGGCAGCCGGAUCGGCGCACAAGAAAAAGAAGAAGCAGCAGACUCCCACCACCACAAAGUACCGAAAGAACAAACUCAAAGCGACAACCUCUCCCAAACGACGCGUCGUCAAGUUUGCUUCUUCGGAUAAUACUCCGUCAUCCAGCAACAGCAACAAUAGCGACAGCAGCAGCAGCAGCAGCAAGCCCAGUUUGUUGGUCAAAUUGUCAGACUCUUCCAUUGGAUCUUCCCUGGGAACCGAGUCUGUCUGCUCCUCUUCGGCGACCGGGAGUAGCCCAGACGACAGUCAUUUGACCAUGAGUGAUGACGAUCAUGAUGAGAUGGUAGUGUCUCUUGUGGGAGCGGGACAAGUGGUGGAUGACACGGCGUCGGAUAGUGCCAGUUUGGAUGAUGACGAUGAUGAUUCCAUUGACGAUGACUUUGAUGAUACUGAUGACGACGAAGUCGAUGACAAUGCCAGCAUUCAUGCCGAGUACACUGUCACUGUGCUGCGAAAGGAUGAUGUCGAUGAUUUCAUGGCAUGGGGAUUCUUUGGAAAGUUCGUAUCCACUUUGGAGGAGUGGGAACGGGAGGAAAUGGAAAACUGCUAUCAAGUACUCGAGGAAAUGCAUGGCAUUCGAUUCCAACCGGGACGAUCACCCCACUACAAAUUGAAAUACUUGCUGUCAUUGGAAGAUUGUGUGGCAAUGCAUCGACCAUUGAUAUUCUACCUGCAAGUAUUCUUGGUCAAAUGGUUUGCUGGACUACUCUUUCGAUUGGCGGGCUUCAGUCGACAUGUCGCGGAAUCGGGGGUCAUUUGUUGGUACAAACCAGCUGCCGACGAUGAUUACUCCAAAAACCUGUUGCCACUCUGCUUCUUUCAUGGAGUGGGACCAGGGGGGCAUGCCCUCUACACACUCAUGGUGCUAUUGGGAUUGAAUCGAACGGGGAGAGCCAUCUUUUUGUUUGAGAAUCACUCCGUCACAUGCAGUCUCAACUUUAAGGCAUUGACCGACAAUGAAAUUGUGGAUGGAGUAAGAGAAAUGAUAGACCGAUUCUGUGGACCGGAUCGACCCAUCAGUCUCAUGGGACAUUCCUUUGGAUCCAGUGCAUUGACAUGGAUCUUGCACUCUGAUUUGAAACCACGCAUUCGACAAAUGGUCAUCCUCGAACCGGUCAGUCUCAUGCUCAGUGAAUCUGAUGUCAUUUGCACCAUGGCAAAGCCCAUCUUCAAAGCUGCAAUUGAUCUCGUCUUGGAACACUACAUUCGGCGACAGUAUCCAUGGUACAACAGUGAACUGUGGCUCGAGGAUAUCCCAGAUGAUGUGCAUGUGAUCAUCGGCCUCGCUGGCAGGGAUGGUCUGAUUCCCACCCCCAAGAUCACUCAAGAGAUUGAAGCAUUUUGUGCCGUCAACCCCAAAGUUGCCAAGAACAUGGAUUUCAUUUACUGGAAGAACAACUUGCAUGGGUUGUGCCUGGUCCUGCCCUGGUGUUGGAAGGAUAUCAACGAUGCCAUGCUCAAGCAAGAGCUGGCCAUGAUGAUGCAGUCCAAGUCGUCGCGACGAAGGAGCCGCCUCAAGCUGUAA